AUGUCCGUCCCGUCGGCCCCUGAGGGCCCGAUGAGGAUGCCCUCGGUGUCGCGACCGACUCGUCGGCCGUCUCAAUCAAACCCGUCUGGAGCCUCUGUUGUCCGUCGGCCAUCGCGAGCAGGCCACCAGCUUCCCGUUCCCCACAAGCCCCUCUCCCAUCAGGAGGCCCUCGAGGCCCUGCGGUCUUUCCUCAAGGAGCGCUCCUCCUACGACGUGUUCCCCGUGAGCUUCCGCCUCAUCGUCCUGGACAGUCAACUCAAGGUCAAGAAGGCACUGGACGUGAUGCUGCUCUACGACAUCGAGAGGGAACUGCAGGUGCCUCCACCUCCCCUUGUCUCCGUCCACCCGCUGCGGCCGCUCUUCGACGCGUGCAAGUGUCUGAUUGAGACGCAUGCUCGUCGUCUGCCGCUGAUUGACCGGGACUCUCAAACGGACGGCGAGGUUGUCAUCAGUGUUCUCACCCAGUACCGUGUCCUUAAGUUCAUUGCGAUGAACUAUCUCACCUACGGUGUCCGCGAGUUGGGAAUUGGUACCUACAUCGAGAACCCCACGGCAGAGAAGCCCUUCGGAAAGAUUGCGACGGCCACCAUGAAGACGACUGUGUUCGACGUUGUCCACAUGUUCUCGGAGCUCGGUAUCAGUGCUGUGCCCAUUGUCGACGAUGAUGGCAAGGUCAUCGACCUCUACGAGACGGUCGACGUCAUUUCGCUCGACUUCACGAUCGAGCAAGCACUGAAGCAGCGUGCCCCUGAUUUCGAGGGCGUUGUCACUUGCCACCCGAAGGACUCUCUCGGCGCCAUCUUCUCUCUGAUCAAGGUCCGCCGGGUCCACCGCCUCGUGGUCGUUAGCGGCGAAGACGACCCUCACCCUGGCCGACUUGUUGGCGUCAUCAGCCUCAGCGACAUCAUGCGACACCUGAUCAACGAGACCCCGACCGCUAGCAGCGGCCUCGCGCCUCCCCAGGAGUCGGCCGAGUCCCAGGAGACUCCCCCGAACGAGGCUGCUGGAGACGACAAGCAGUGA